AUGAUAUCUAAUGCUUCAACUUCAACUUCAACUUCCUCCUCCACAUCUAUUUCUGCAGCUGAUAUCAAUGUCACUCCUCUGAGACAGCUAGUCAUUAUGUCAACACGUAGUGAUAGAGAUUGGAUGUACAAAAGGUUAGAUCAUGGGUAUCUUAGCAUAACAUAUCAUGCAUCCGUCAAAGGAUUUCUAGAUGUUGCUUUUUCUAAUGAAGCAACUGUUGAUGGAGAUUAUAUUAGAUGUCCUUGUUUUAAAUGCAAGAACAUGUAUUAUAAAACAAGAGGUGAUGUAGAGCUUCACUUGUUACAAAACGGUUUCAAUCCUAAUUACACAACUUGGUGGGCACAUGGUGAAAGAAAUACGAUAUCUCAGCAUGAGGAAGAAUCUUCUAAUCCGAUGCAGGAUCCGAUGGAAGAUGAUGAUGAUGAUGAUGUUAAUGGGUGUACACAAAUGUUGAUGGAUGAUUUGAAAGAUUGGUGGGCUGUCGUCAAGACAAAACCAAGGGGUGUAUAUGAUCUACGACAAUGUGUUACUGAAGAAGAUGAUGAUGAGGAUGAAGAGGACCAAUUCUUUCAAGAAAGUGAAGCGACUUUACCUUCUACAAGUAGCGGUGCAAAUGAGGUGGCAGGACCCCUUUCUCAUGUAAUUGAAGGAGAAAUAGAAGAAGUUAAUGACAAUGACAUUGAGAGAGAAGAGGAUGAAGAAGUUGAUGAUAACUUGGAUGAUUCAUCCGAAGAUGAUAUUGAAGAUGAAAACAUAUGUGAUGAUAAUUCUGAUGAUGAGUAA